AGCUGAAUCAGAGCCCACCUUCAGCACUUACAAGCUGGAGUAAUUAUAGUGCAGAAGGGAAGAAGGGUCCACUGCUAGUCUGACUAGUGAGUAGUCAGUUAAAGAAUGUUAGGGGAUCCAUAAACACCUCUCAUGGCUGACUGGUAUUGCAUGUCCCUAGGACAGGGAAGCCAAGAAUUUUUGUUUUGGGGGUUUUUGUUUUGUUUUGUUUUUGUCUUUUUGAGACAGGGUCUCCCUGUAGCCCUAGCUGACCUGGAACUCACUAUGUAGACCAGGCUGACCUCAAACUCACAGAGAUCCACCUGCCUCUGCCUCCUGAGUGCUGAGACUAAAGGAAUGCACCACCACAUCUGGCUUGGAAGCCAAGAAUUUAAGAAAGCAACUUACUUUGCUUCUAGAAACCAAAUUACUGUAGUUACUACAAUAGUCAUAGUUCAACCCAAAUGGAGCAGCAUUACAAAAUUGCCUUUUGGGUGACUUGGGAUGGUCUCAUUCCUGGAACAGGUGAAGGUUUCUUAGAGCUGUCCCUACCCACCAUUUAGUCUGUUGCAAUUAGAUGCAUUAGAAGAAUAUGCCAGCCCAGUGUGGGGACACACACCUUCAAUCCCAGCAUUCUGGGGGCAGAGGCAGGUGGAUCUCAGUGAAUUCCAUGCCACCCAGUGCUACAUAGUGAGACCCUGUCUCAAAAAACAAAAAGAAUAUAGGAACCAGCAACAGUGUCCUUGUCCAUUGGGGCGGGGGGAGGUGGGGAAGGCUUUGUUUGGUCUCAGUCCUGUCUUCCUCUCUUCUCAUCAGCUGCUUAUGUCCUACCCAGGUGAGGCACUUCUCUUGGCUCAGUGUUCCUAACCUGUCCAUUUUAGCCAAAACACUCAAUUUAACUUCCAUACUUGUUUCAUGGCAUCUCCACCGCAAGAGAAACAGGCAACCAAAGGAACAUCUCUUAGGUCCGAGGCCAAAUUGCAAAACAGGAAUGUCAUCUUUGAUCUACCUAAUCAAGACUGUCCACAGAUCCGCAGACGUGCGGCUCACGUCUGCUGUUAGACGUAAAGUCACAGAGUCCAGCGGGUGGGACUGAGCGCGGGGUACGGGGGCCCUAACCCGGCCAGCUGCAGCCUGUGGUCCGCGACCUCGUCCCGCCCGGGUCGGCAGCGCGGAGGCUCGGGAGCUUCCAAUCAGGAGCAGACCCGGGAGAGAGCCAGAGCACUUCCGGUAUGGCUCCCGCGCCGCCAUCUUGCUUCCGGUUUUCAUCCAAGUCCGGCCCAGGCCUCGGAACUGCGGAGAGCCACAGGGAGGAGGAUGCGGGGAGGGACGCUGUGACUGGACUGUCCUCUCUGUCUGGAAGAGCUAGGACAAUGAACGCAUCUGUGGAGUUGGUGUCAUUUGAGGAUGUGUCUGUGGACUUCAGCUGGGAGGAGUGGCAGGACCUGGAUGAUGCUCAGAGGACGCUGUACAGGGACGUGAUGCUGGAGACCUACAGCAGCCUGGUGUCCUUGGAUCAGUGCGAUCUCAAACCUGAGUUGAUCCUCAAGUUGGAGCGAGGAGCCGGGCCAUGGAAGGAAGAAGAUACCACAGACCAGAGCCUCCCAGAUAUGCAGACUGUGAAGGACCUGAAUGAGAGCAUCCAGAACAGUGCAAAGACACGUGUGUGCGAUCUUCCAGGGGAUAAAAGCAGCACAUCAACCGAGGACAGGGCUAAAUUAGGUCAAAUACUUAGUAGCUCAAACCAUGUUUUAAGUGUGGCUGUAAAAAAUGGGAUCUCUUCUAGAAUGAGACCUGAGGCACUUAACAUAUGGGAUAAUGUGUUUCUCCCUAGUGAGCCCAGUGAGGUGCAGGCCAUAGAGGAACUUCAGCUUCUUAAUGUAACUGGCGUAUUUCCCAGACUUCCUGAGCCUCUUACUCUGCAUCACAGUAUUGAACGUGGGCAACAGCAUUUUCAAUGUUGUGGACAGAGUGAAGCCUUCUACAUGAAGAGGGUAUUAGCACGUAACACUUUUCCUUUGGGAGAUCCCUCUAGCAAGUUUAAGGAAUAUGGGAAAGGCUUAGAUAAGUUAACUCUUCCUGCCCAGGAGGGGACUCGGGUAAAGGAGGAAACUUUUGAAUGUAAGGUAUGUAGGAAAUUGUUCUCUUUAAACUUUAUGCUCACCCAGCAUUUAGAAACACAUAAAGAAAACAAAAGUUACAUGGGUAGUGAUUGUGAGCCAGUGUUUACGACACAAUCAGACCUUGUCAAACAUCAGAGUGUGCAUGCAGGGGAAAAGCCCUAUGCGUGUAAUAAAGAGAAUUGCAUUUGUCAGAUACCAAAACAAAGUAUUCAUCAGAGAAUGUAUAUAGGGGGUGACAGGAAUGUGUGUGGGAAAACUGUUUGCCCAAAAUUAAACUGCAGUGUUCAACAGAAUCAUACAGAUGAGAAAUCCAUUGAAUGCAGUUUAUCUAGAAAACCCAUUAAUAAGUCAAACGUCCAUCAGCUUCAGAUACCUCCCAAAUGUGAGGAAGCCCAUGAAUGUAAUGCAUGUGGGAAAACCUUCAAACAGACACCAAACCUCUACUCACAUGAGAGAGGUCACACAGGUGAGAAACUCUAUGAAUGUAAAGAAUGUCAGAAGCCAAAAGUCAUUCUGUAUCAGCAAACACACACAUAUGACAAACGCUAUGCAUGUAAUACAUGUGGAAAAGCCUUUUACAAGAGAGGCAACCUAUAUGCACAUCAGAGAAUUCACACAGGUGAAAAGCCCUUUGUGUGUAAUACAUGUGGAAAAAGUUUUAACUGGAAGGCAAGCCUCUACACACAUCAGCGAAUCCACACAGGUGAGAAACCCUAUGAAUGUAAAGAAUGUAGGAAAUCAUUUAGUGUCAAGUCAUAUCUCACUGUACACCAGGGAAUUCACUCAGGUGAGAAACCCUUCGAAUGUAAAGAAUGUGGAAAAUCUUUCAGGCUGAAGCCAUUACUCAUUGCACAUCAGCGAACUCAUACAGGUGAAAAGCUGUUUGAAUGUAUGACAUGUGGAAAAAGUUUUAAGCGGAGGACAAGCCUUUAUACACAUCAGAAAAUUCACAAAAGUGAGAAGCCCUAUGAAUGUAAAGAAUGUAGGAAAACAUUUAUUCUCAAGUCAUAUCUCACUGCACAUCAGAAAACUCACUCAAAUGAGAGACCCUAUGAGUGUGACCUAUGUGGAAAAACCUUUAGGGAAAAUCCCCAUCUCCUUGCACAUAAGAGAAUUCACACGAGUGAGAAACCUUAUGAAUGUACUGUAUGUGGAAAAAAGUAUAGGCAGAGGCCAAACCUCUAUGCACACAAAAAAAUCCACACAGGUGAGAGGCCCUAUGAAUGUAAAGAAUGCGGAAAAUCUUAUAGUCUGAAGUUCCAUCUUACUAGACAUCUGAGAACUCACUCAGAUGAGAAACCCUAUGAGUGUGAUGUAUGUGGGAAAACCUUUAAGCAGAAUCUGCACCUUCUUUCACAUAAGAUAAGUCACAGAAGUGGGAAACCUUACGAAUGUACUGUAUGUGGAAAAAGUUACAGGCAGAGGUCAAGCUUGUAUGCACAUAAGAAAAUUCACACAGGUGAGAAGCCCUAUAAAUGUAAAGAAUGUGGGAAAUCAUACAGUCUGAAAUUCCAUCUUACUAGACACCGGAGAUCUCACUUAGAUAAUAACCCCUAUGAGUGUGAUGUUUGUGGAAAAUCCUUUAAGCAGAAUCUCCACCUUCUUGAACAUAAGAUAGCUCAUACAAGGGUGAAACCUUAUGCAUGUACUAUUUGUGGAAAAGGUUACAGGCAGAGGUCAAGCCUGUAUGCGCACAAAAAAGUUCACACAGGUGAGAAACCCCAUGAAUGUAAGGAAUGUGGGAAAUCAUACUAUCUGAAGUUCCAUCUUACUAGACAUCUGCGAACUCACUUAAGAAAGAAGCCCUAUCAGUGAAAUGUAUGUGGAGAAACCUCUGGAAUUUCCUUCUAAAUGCACAUCAGAGAAUUCCCCUGAUUGAGAAGUCCUGUGGAUAUGAAGCGUAAAAAGCUUUCAGCCAUUUGUCAUGUUUUCAUGUUCAUUAGACUGCAGAGGUGAGCAACCAUGUCAGUGGAAUGUGUGUGGAAAGGUCUGCCAGAGGGCAAACUGGCGCUCACAACAGAGCUAUCACCCACGUGACAGCACCUUUAUAUUUGAAGGGAACUCUUCUAACAAAAGGUGCACUUAAUUCUACACCAGAAAAGUGGGAAGCUUUGUAAACAUAAAGAGGUAGGAAAUCAACCGUAAGAUCAUCACUGUCCAUCAAAGCAUGUACAGCUGAGUGUAAUGUAUGUCAAAAGACUUUUUCCCACAUAUCAUAUCUCAGCAGUCAUUAGGUAAUUUGCAGCAGAAGCCCUCCGAAUAGAAAAUAUUCCACCUAUAAGUCAUCUUUACUGCAUACCAAAGAAGGCACACAGGUAAGAAAAUAUGAAUGUUUAUAUACAGAAAGCACUGGAAGACAAAACUUCCAUAUCCAUCAGAGAACUUAGAAACCUUAUGAAUGCAGACACUAAAAAUAUUUCUAACAAGCCAUCCCUUGUGCAUGGCAGAAGUCACAUAAUGUAGUAUAACAGAACCAGAGAAACCUUUCAUAAAAGUCAAAUCUCUACACUUCAGAGAACUCUCACUGCUGAGAGGUGUAAUACCUAUGGAAAAGCCUUCUAAAAGGUGAACAUUUCCAAACAUCAAUAAACUCAGGUUGGAAGCAUAUGAGUGUAAUGUAUCUUAGAAACCCUUUCAUAAGUGUUAAACCUUCACUCAUACAGGAGAGAAAUGUCAUCACUGCCUGUAUUAGGACAGCUGCCUAAUAUAAGGGAAUCUUGAAGAAGUAUUUAUAGUGACACAUAAAGACCCGAAAACUGGUAUUAAUGUGGGAAAUUCUUUGUGAGAAGUCACUUGGCAGGAAUUCAUCUCACUAAGAUGAAAGUCUUGUAAGCAGAGUGCUUGUGUGCUCUCUACAGUCUCCUGUCUUCGCUGUAUGUCUCAGCCUGUUAGGCUGUGCAUUACUGUUUGUGAAACCAUGUAUCUGAGCUUUUUCUUGGAAUAUAAAUGCAUGUGAUGUUUAUUAUUUUACCUUGCAGCCCCCUAAAAUCUCACAACAUCUCUCUGGAUGUUUAGUUAGCGUGAAGUACAGAUAACCUUUAAAAUGUUUGAAAACCUUAUAUAGAAAAGCACUGUGAUAUAAGAAUGUUUCAUUGGAGAAAGUUGUGGUCCUACAGGUUUAUACAAAUCAUUUUAGUUUUCAUGAAAGAUAUAUUGUGCAUGAUCUAUUUGUGACACAAUGAAAACACCUGAGUCCACUAAUUCACUUUCAGAGAUUGUUAGGUGUCUGUUGUUUUAGAAAGUUCAAGAGAGGGCUACUUGUUCGCCUCCCAUUCUCCUGCCACUUCAUGGAGAAGAACAAGUCAUGUGCUAAAAUCUCAGAUUCUGAGUGUGUCAGCGUCAUCUGGUAGCAAUGUUCCAUGACGAACGGUAACAUGUACAUUCCUUUUAUGUGUGAAAGCUUUCCACAGAAUUUCAGAAGUCAUAUUUCAGAACUCUUUAACCAAGGGAAAUAAUCAGUAUGGAAUCUGUAUAUUAAUUUUUGAAGAGGAAUAUUAUAUCUAGUACUCGUUAUUUUUCAGUAUCUGUACGCCAAGAAAUAAAUGUUGAUGCUGCUGCCUGUCACUGUG